UAUAAAACCCAGAGCUCAGUGCAUUCUGUGCAACUCGGAGCUGAAGGAAGCAGCAAACCAGGAGCUACUCCUCUCAAAAACACACAUUUUUUUUACAUUUGCCCAUACAUCAGCCUUCAACGACAACCGUAACAAUGGUGCUGGAGGAUUCUGAGUACAGCGUCUUUGAGCUUGACAUCACUGAGGAUGAUGUGGAGACUGCCUACGGUAAGGUGCACUGCACCAUGAAGGGUGCUCCGAAGAGCAACCGGCCAACCAUCCUGACCUUCCAUGACAUCGGACUAAACCAUAAGAGCUGUUUUGAGUCUCUCUUUAAUCACAAAGACAUGCAUGAGAUCAUGCAACACUUUGCUGUGUGUCAUGUUGAUGCCCCAGGACAGCAGGAGGGUGCCAGCACGCUCUCCACAGAGUAUACCUAUCCUUCUAUAGAUCAGCUCUCAGAAACCCUCCCUGUGGUGCUCAAGCAUUUUGGUCUGAAGAGCGUGAUUGGAAUGGCUGUUGGAGCUGGAGCCAACAUCCUUACUCGCUUUGCACUGAAACAUCCAGACAUGGUUGAAGGUCUCGUUUUGAUUAAUUUGAGCGUGCAGGCAGAGGGUCUCAUGGACUGGGCAGCACAAAAGAUUACAAGCUGGACUCAUGCUCUCCCUGAUACAGUCAUUUCACACCUGUUUGGAAAGGAGGAGAUACAUAACAAUCAUGAACUGAUUGCAACCUUCCGUCAUCUCAUUACAAACAACAUCAACCAGUCCAACCUGCAGCAGUUUGUCAAGUCCUACAAAAGCCGACGCAAUCUGGAGAUUGAGAGACCAGUACAAGGAGGAAUCGAAAAUCCACGUAACCUCCGGUGUCCAGUUUUGUUGAUAGUGGGUGAUAACUCUCCAGCUGUGGAUGCUGUGGUUGACAGUAACUCCAGAAUGAACCCAACAACAACCACAUUUCUCAAGAUGGCUGACUGUGGUGGCCUGCCUCAGGUUGAUCAGCCUGGCAAACUGAUAGAAGCUUUAAAGUAUUUUAUCCAGGGGAUGGGCUACAUGCCCUCUGCCAGUAUGACCCGUCUUGCUCGGGCUCGUACGGCCAGUAACUCAUCCCUGGAGCGCAACCGUAACCGCAGCGGUACAAACACGGAUGAGCAGCGCGGACGUUCCCACACUGAUGUCUCCAUGGAGAGCACCUCCGGCACAGAGCACAGUUCCUUAGUCCCCACACAAUCCGUCGAGCUGUCCUGCUGAACGCCUCAGGAAACGAACACCACCGUGCAAAUCAGAACGGAACUCAGCAGGCGGUUUAAAAUUGGACCUGAAAUACGGAAUUUGAACCUGAAAGCUGAUGCUCCUGUGAUUAGAUAAUGUUUAAUGUAAUUGGUAUUUAACACAAGUGAUAUUCGAUUAGAAAUGGCCCUUACAGCAAAUAAAUAUAGCUUUUUUUAUAAUCUUGGUACUAGUUUAAAAUAUCGCAACCAGUGGUUUAAUUUGCCGUUUGAUUACUUACAAUGUACACUAUGUAAUAUUUUGUAAUGAUUAUAUAAUAUAAAUAUGGUAUACAUAUGGUAAGAAGGUUCUAUGAUGCUUACAGCCUGGCUGUGAGAAUGUAUAAUAUAUAUAUAUAUUGUAUAUUAACAUGAGAAGUGUGUAUGUGCGCGAUUGUGUUGGAGAGUUUUUUGAUAGGCCUGAAUGUUUGGGGGAUUUUUUUUAUACAUUAUGUAUUGCAUAUAAUUUCUGUACUUGUUAUUUCUGAUUUGCAUCUGACAGUAUUUCUUAGUUUAUUGACAGUGUAGUCUAUGGAACAUCUGAAUCAUUUCUAGUGGUCCUGUUUCUUACAGUCCCAUCUUACAUUAUAUUAAUGAGCAAGAAAGAUAUAAAUGUUGGUAAGAUCACUUUAUAUGCAACAACUGUAUUCUUAAAAUAAAAUUGAGUAAAUUCG